GUUCACAGGAACGAUUCGUUCAAAACAAGCAGCAUCCACAACACAGCGCACCGGAACCUUUAAUAUUUUGAUCCGAAAUUUUUCGAAGAAUAACUAAUUUCUUGUUGCGUUUAUGAAUUAAUAAUGUCAAAAAGCUCUAGGAUGGCCUUUUCUUAUUUUUACCAAUAUUUAAUCGAUUAAUAGUAAUAAUAGCAUGAGCGCGAAUCCGAAGAUAUUUACUCUAUUAGCUAGAGGUAGCGAAGACUGAUUCAUGAGCUUGUUUGAUAAGCUAAAACAUUUAAUAGUUGUUUCUUUAAAUAAUUUCGCGUUUCUGUCCAUUAUUUGUUUAUUUUUUUUUAUCACUUAUUGGGGUAGGUGGAACUCCUCUGAGCUUAUGCUGUUGAAGAGGGACUCCUGACAAGGAGACACUUAACCUUUUGUUUUCAGCGUGAGAAUUUCAGCUUCUGUCUGAUUUAAGCUUUUGUAUUUUCAGCUUUUUUUAGUUUUUUAGUAUUUUUAGAUUUUUUAGUUCUGCUGUACUUGUUUUUUUUUUUUUUUUUACCCAAAAACUCGUUUUUGUUUUGCCGGUAAACCAUCUGUCAGGCUUGUUGGAGCCUUUAAAAUAGAAACAGCAGGUUAGUAGGUUAGCUGUAUAAUCUGCAGCUCUGAUAAAAAAAAAAUUUAAAAAAAACUACUGCUGAGUUAUUACUGAGGGAGGUCAUAAGAAAGGUGAAGGAGAAUUAUGCUGGUUAAUUACAGCAGCAGCUCUGAAGAGGAAAGUGAAGAUGUCGCUGGACGAAGCAGAAAGCGUCAAAAAACAAAUGGCAGCGAUAUCAGUCCCCAUUAUAAGAAAAGGGAAUGCUCAAGAGGGAAAGAUAACAUGGAGAACAGGGUCAUUAGUGACUGUGCAGGAGAGAUUGUAACUGGUCAGGCAUCUCGCCUUCCCCUGCCCUCCACCCUGCUGGACAUGUUUCAAGAUACAGAAGAGCAGCACGUGGAUGACUGUGUGCAGCAUGGAGGACGGCAGCGGUCCUUCCAGCACGAACGUGGCAACUGGGCCACUUACGUUUAUUUGCCAUAUGAGCCUGAGGACGUGUUCCUGGAGUUGCUAGAAGAGCUGAGGGUCUGUGCUGAAGCUCAUGGUGUCUCCUUCACCUUGGCAGAAGAGUUCCAUGUCAGUGUCUCUAAAACAGUGGUUCUACGACACCACUGGAUUCAGCCAGCGGUGCAGUCUUUGCGCUCUGGCCUGGCACAGUGCAGAAGUUUUGUAUGUCUGGCAGAUAAGUUGAAGGUGUACUGCAAUGAUGAAAAAACAAGGACUUUUCUCGGGAUGGAAAUCUCGACAGGCUGCACACAACUACUGGAGAUAGUGAAAAGAGUGGACCAGACCAUGCAGGAGUUUAACCUCAGCACUUUCUACAAGGAUCCAUCGUUUCAUGUGAGCCUGGCCUGGUGUGUUGGUGAUUUCACUGAGAAACUACAGGGUGCAUGUUUAUCAAAGUUGCAGAAUCUGGUGGAUGGUCAUGAAGAUGGACCCUUUCAGUUAAGGUUGAAUUGUCACUGUUAUUCUGCUCAAGUCAAGAUUUAUUCCUCACCUUCAGGAGCUUGUACAGUCAUCACUUUUGUCUACCUGAGAGCAAAACCUGUCUUACAACUCCAUACAACUCCAAGGUAUUGCACUCUUAUUGCACAAGCAAAAAAUGACACACACCAGUCUUUGCUUUACACAGCAUUGUUCAUUGCAUUAGAAACAGUCAGUGCACUGAAACAACACACUGAUUUCAGUGGGCUCUGCUGUAACAUUGGUCUUACCCACUGUACUAGACAGUUGUACUUACACACAAGCGCACACACAAAGAGGUUCUCAAUAUUUUCUUUUUAAAAAUAUAAAAAUUGCCCAAGUUUUUAUCCAUUAGGGGAGAAAAGGUUCCAUGGAGCAAAAAGGGUCCUAGAAAUUCAGUAGUGAAUACUUACAAAUUACAAUUAUCUGACCAUAAAAAGGCCAUUUUUACUUGGACCUUCACAGCAAUUAGAACAUAACAUUUAUUUUCUUAUUUAUUUAGGUAAACAGAACACUGGCAGUGAAGCUUAUGUGCUUUGGUCUUUGGUUUAGGUCUAAAUCUAUAGAAGGAAAACAAAAACUAGGCUGUUACUAGGCUGGUGUAUCGCCCCGAUAUGUUCAUUCUCUGCUGUGAAAAAACUCCUUCAAAUCAAGUCAUUUUGGAUAUAUUUUAUGAUUUACAUGCCAUACUGAUGCUUUCAGCUACUGAUACAGUUGCUCCCUAGCACCACCCCCUGGAUAAAACCGGUGUUGGGCAACUUUAAAACUGCACAUCAUGACUUUAAAGGCUCAUCGGUAGAAAUACUCAUCUAAAUAUCUCAAAUUAUACUGUUUACUAACAGACUGGACAAUAAGUGCAUGCAAAUCAAGCAGAGUUUAAAGGAACACAUAAAAAAGUACGAUUAAACACAUGGUUGGUCUGGCAUUAUAAUACCUACAUUCAGUUUGGGGGAAAAAACAUAUAUUUUUAACUUCUCAUCUAAAACAAACUUGAUAAACCUAGAAGCCUUUAAGUUUCCAGUUCGGACCACAUUCACACAUUCAAAAGCUGCUUCCAGUGAUUUUGUGCCUUUUAACUGUAUAACUUCUGUACCUGGUAGAUUUGAGCAUAUGAGAUAUGACCGGACCCAAAAAAAUUUUUUGUUCCCACAUAGGUGAGAUUUAAUGGAAUAAUGGUGUGCACAAAGUGGAGUGUAGACAGAGUAUAGUACAGCCAGUGUAGAUUCUGAGUCUCGGAGUACAGUUUAAAAAGGUACAUCAAGUAUGAUAUUCACUAACAAGAAAAAUGUAAACUAUUGUAACAUUUUGUGUAGCAAACAGUGUAAAGGGUCACAGUCAUAGAGCUCUCUAUAAGCUCUUCUGCAGUUAACAAAGCAGCAUGAACCAAAGUUUAAAAAUCUGAAGCUCUUCCUCAGGUCCUCUAGAUCAGCUACCAUCAGUAAUAAAACAAACAAUAACAUGCUAAAACAAAAUGUGAACAUUUUACUUGGCAUACCUUUAAAAUGAGUCCUGUUUGGCCUGGACACAGAUUAAAGCAGAUUGUUCAGCUACUGACUGCUCAAAUCAAGAACAGAAAAUGUGACAUGCUUGAAACAACAUUAGGAUGAUGUUUGGGAUGAACUGUUUGGGUUUUACUGUGUGAAAUGCAGAGAAGAAAAAGAACCAAAAUAAUUAAAGUUCAAAUAUGAACAGAUGCACAGAUCUCUCUCUGAAUGGAGCUUUAUGCAUUUAUGUUAACUCCUUUUAAAGUCCUGGCACUGACUUUAUUGUUCUCUCCUAUGAGAGAAGACUUACCCUUACACUGUUUAAACAAUAAAAAGUGUGAAUAACCUCAA